UCGCGGCCCCAGUCCUGUAACUUCCAGUCGAUGCAUUCCCAGUAUGGAGAGCAUUAUCAGGACCCACAGAGCUCUCAAGACAGCAUCUUCCAUGACGACCCCUACUACAAGUCAGAAACGAGUCUGGACCGCUGCCCCUCGGACUAUCCUUUCCGAAAUGGUACCGUGCCCAAUGGAAGCAUGUACAGCAGCCCCAGCCUGAGCUCCCUCAACCACUCCCAGACCUUCGUCCCGCCCUCGCCGAUAUCCUCCAACCUCAGCAUCCCUGGCAGUGAGCUCAUGCGCCCCGACUACAUCCCCAGCCACCGCCACAGCGCCAUCAUUGCUCCGUCCUACCGGCCCACGCCUGAGUACGAUGCCGUCAUGAGGCAGAAGCGACGCAUGCCCCCCUCGCACCACGAUCUCCACAGCCAGUCGCUGCGCAGCUUGAACAUCAGUAACGCCUGUGCUUACCGCCAGCCUGAAGCUCUGGUGUACAGCCAGCCAGAGAUGAGGGAGAGGGGCCCCUAUCAUGGCCUGGGGCCCAGCCCUGGACCUUACACACCACAGAUCAGCUACAGUAAGCCAGUGUCCCAUGGCCCUCAUCAGGGAGGACCAGCCAAUAGCCAGGGCCCCUGUCACUCACCCUGUGUCAACGGUGGUGGAGGCGGUGGCGUAGGAAGCUCCAUCUCUCACACUGUCAGCACACCUGAGUUGGCAAACACCAAACAACAGGGCACCAAUGCGGGAAGCUAUGCAGCUACUGCCAACAUGCUGAGAAACCACAUGUCGCGACCUCCUCCACCUUACCCCUCCAGCUCCUUCCGCCCGGCCACCAGUACACCGGACCUCGCCAGCCACCGCCACCGCUGCAUCGGGGGCAGCAGUCCAGAGCUGGUCACCCGCAUGGUGCAGCUGUCGGUCAAGACCUUUCAGCCGGACAGCUCAGCUGUUGUGCACCAGUCCCUUCAGGAGGUUAGUGAACCGUUGACUGCAGUUGCUAAGCACCGCUCCACCUUGGGCAAGAGACACAGUAUGGAGGUGAUCAGCAGCAUGAGAGGCGGAGGGAUGGAGGGCUUGGUGAUGAAAAGCAUGAAUGCUCCGCUUCAUCGGAGGAAUACUCUUAGAGAACAUGUGAUGCCACCUCAGCCCCAAUCUAUGCCCCAGCCCCAAACCCCUCAGCCACAACCGCAGCCCCAGCCUCCACCUCAGCCUCAACCUCUGCAGACAAAGGAGCUGCCCAAGCAGAUACCUGCCCAGAAAGCACCUGAGGCUGCUCCACCUGUAGCGGUGGCCUACCAGCAUCAAAAGACUCUUUCUAAUGCUACAAUGCUUAUACACAGUAGUGAGAGUGAAGAAGAGGAGGAGGAGGAAGAAGAGAGGCCUGAGCUGGACAUUCAAAUCCCAGGCCUGAACGAAGACAUCAGCAUCAGCGCUCAGCUCCAGGCAGCUCUGGCCAAACUGCCCAACAAACCCCCUCCAGAGUACCCGGGUCCUCCCAGACCCCCCAGCAACUCUCAGAUCCGCAACCACGCCCACAAUCACAACCACACUCACCACCACAAUCAAGGACCACAGAACAACCAGGGAGCAAUGGACCCAAACCAAGCCCAGGGCCGAGCAUUCAAACCUGGGCCGAGCCAGGGCGGCGGCGGUGGUGGUCCUGGAGGAGGCUGUGGUGCAGUUGCUGGUGGGACACUGACCCGAGGGGACCAGGGUGGGGUGAAUGGAGCUGUUUUAGGUCCAUCCAUUUCUGAGCCGGACCUGACCAGUGUGAAGGAGCGGGUUAGGAAGGAGCCCGUCAAAGAGAGGCCAGUGUCAGAGAUGUUCUCCUUGGAAGACAGCAUCGUGGAGAGGGAAAUCGCUCAGAGGACGCUGGAAAGGCAGAAGAUGUCUGUGGACUCCAUGAAGCGGCCGCUGAUGAUGGCUGCUCUCAACGGCCUCCACGUGGCUCGGAUGCCGGUCCCCAAGAGUCCAGUGGAGGACGGCACCAAGGCUUCGACAGACGAACGGUGUAAGACCUUGGAGUUGAAGCUGGAAGAGGAGCGGGUCUUCACCGAGUACGAGCAGGUGCCCAAGAAGAGGGGGAACUGCGCCCUCUCCACGGCGACUCUGCCCGAGAACACGGAACGCAACCGCUUCCGCGACGUGGUUCCUUACGAAGAGAAUCGGGUCGAGCUUGUGCCCAACAAGGAGAACAACACGGGCUACAUUAACGCCUCGCAUAUCAAGGUGAUGAUCAGAGGGGAGGAGUGGCACUACAUCGCCACGCAGGGCCCGCUCGCCAACACCUGUGCCGACUUCUGGCAGAUGGUCUGGGAGCAAGGGGUCAACGUUAUCGCCAUGGUUACUGCAGAAGAGGAGGGUGGCCGGUCCAAGAGUCACCGCUACUGGCCCAAACUGGGCUCCAAACACAACUCGGCCACGCACGGCAAGUUCAAGGUGACCACCAAGUUCCGCACCGACUCGGGCUGCUACGCCACCACGGGGUUGAAGGUCAAACACCUGCUGUCUGGCCAGGAGAGGACGGUCUGGCACCUGCAGUACACAGACUGGCCUGAGCAGGGCUGUCCUGAAUACGUCGUGGGAUUUCUCUCGUACCUGGAGGAGAUCCAGUCUGUAAGGAGACACACUAACUCCAUGCUGGACACCUCAAAGAGCCUCAAUCCUCCCGUGGUGGUGCACUGUAGCGCCGGCGUGGGUCGUACCGGCGUGGUCAUCCUCACCGAGCUCAUGAUCAGCUGCCUGGAGCACAAUGAGCCAAUGGAGGUCCCCACCAUGUUGUCGGAGCUCAGGCAGCAGCGGAUGUUGAUGGUUCAGACCAUCUCCCAGUACAAGUUUGUCUACCAGGUCCUCAUCCAGUUCCUCAAGAAUUCCCGCCUCAUCUGAUCACAGGCUCCCGACCUUUGACCCCAUCCGAUGUGGCCGAUGACGACAGCAGUACUUAAAUGAAGCCUGAGGACCGAAACAGCUGAUGUAGCCUCGGUCUGAAGCAGGUGCAGGUAGAAGCGACUCCACGUUCACCUUGAGGUUUCUACGCAGCAGUUGAAGGUUAUGGAAAUGUGUAGAUUUGGGUACAAACUCACCUCACGAGGGGGAGGAGGUGUGUCAGCCUGUUUCAAAAACUGAUGACGAUUCCUCCUGAUCAGUGUGUUUUCACAUUUCAUUCUUUUAUCCCCUGGGAUUUAAUCUCGGACCUGAUCUUUCCGCGUGGAGCAUGUUUGUGCUUUUUCUCCGUGCAGGUCAGGUGAAUAAGCAGCUUAUCUCUCCUGCAGACGUGAAUGUGUGUGUCUCUGCAUUAAUAUCUUGAGAAAUCAUCACAAAUCGGUUACAGUCUGAAUAGUUUGCCUGCCUGUUACUUUUCACAAUUUUCUCUUGAGCCAUCAUUAGAAAUGGCAUUACGCUGCAUGAACAGUAGGUGGCAGCAGUAUUAUUACUAAACUCUUGGUAUACUCUGAAAAGGUUUGCCAAACAAAACAUAUCCUUUAAAUCACAGUUCUAAAAUAACAGAGUAUUGAUUAAUACAGCAAAUAUUUACUUCAACAUUGUAACAAAUGUUUUUUUUAUUUAUUUCUAUCAAUAUUGACGUCACCUUUGCCAUUGAACAGAGCGUCGACAGGUAUGUCAGAUCUCUCGUCUCAAUUUUCUAAAAGCCUUUGUUGUGAAUCUCAGACAGAUUUGUGCGUUUUUUUUCUUCUGAAAUGUUUGAACAUUUCUAUUAAGAUUCCACCUUAAUAUGCAAAAACACAGAAAAUACAUUAAAAAAAAUUAUUAUUUGCUUCUUGCAAUAAAAAGUGUCUUGCCACAUUUUUUUUAACCCUUAAUCAUUUCAAAUUCUGUCCAGUUAAUUGGAGAUAAUUUAUAAAUAUAAUUUCACCAUUUGCAUAUUUGUGUCCUUAUAUUCAUCAGAUACUGUAGCAUUAGGUCUUAUUGACACAUGAAACGAGCCUGGCUUGUUGUAAGGUCCUUGAUGGAUUCGCUAAAUUCAUUCCCUUAUUUUAUUUUGCCUCUGAAGAUAAAAUCUUUAAAUCAGUAUUUUAUAGUUUGUAUUUUGACAAAAGAACAAUUUAAACAUUUCAAUCUCUUCGGUAAAGGUUUAGCAGCAGGAGAGUACUGAUGUAAAACCCAGUAGAUUAACUUGUUGCUUGUUACAUUAAAUAUACUUUUUUUAUUUUUCUGAAUUGUAAUGCAAAGCCAGCCGUGCCCAAAAUAACUUUGUACAUAACGGGCAUGUGAGAGAAAGACAUUUCUACAAAUGUGUUAUAUAGUUUUUUUUCCUCUUAUUUUGACUUGGUACCCCAAAAAUACCGCAACAUAAUAAACUAUGCAUGCAUUUUUAUAUUUCAAUGUAUAUAUUCUCAGAUACGUAUAAGCUCUCUCUUGACAUGUGUAAGUGUUUUGUUGCACUUCAGUUCUCUUUAUGACAGUAUUUUUUUCUCACAAGGCAUUCCACUGUUUGUUAAUAUUUAAGUUUUCCCCCUCAAUUUUUCUUUUGGCAAAAACUCCUAAAUACGUUUCAAAGUAUGUGUACAUAUGUUUUGUAUAUGCGUUUUCAGUUCAAUAAGUCCUUUGUUUUUCUCUCCCCUGACAUGUAUGAAGCUGUCAUACUUGCUUAUUAUGCAAUAAAGCCUUAUUUUCUUUAA